GGAAUUCUACAGAAGAUUUCAAAACAAUCUGGCAAGCAUAUCUGGCAAAAGGUGGUUCUAAAAUUGCAAUCUACGAGAAGAUUGAGAACUACAAGACGGCUACAUCCUCCGAGCGAAAUCAAGAAGUCACGAUUCGCACUUGCACCAAAUCGUCAUUAUAAUUUCGAUCCAACCUCGCUUCAAUCUCAGACAUGUCUUCCAGAACCCACCGGAAGCUUUCCCCCUUGACUACCAAUUGGAGCAAUAGGAGUCAUUCAAGUAUAAACUCUGAUGCUUCAGUCUUUUAUUCAGCACUAGCACACCCGACACCAAUCGAGCUCAAGCAACAAAUUCCUCAACCACACUCAUCCCAUGCUCAUCCACACACCAUAUCUUCUCCUCGAGAAUUUUGCCCUACCAAGAUGAAUCGUCAAGACUCAGGUUACGCAGAAAAUGUUUCCUACAUACCCAGUCACAUGCGAACGUCAUCACGACCCAGCUCAAAAUCAUCCUCCCAUAAUCCUCGGCCCUCAUUGAAUGCGUCCCGAAAAUCAUCUUCGCGUUCAAAGGAUUCCUCUAGCACCUCCUCAUCCUCCAGUGCAACCAGUCGCUCAACACCCAAACGCGGCCCAAAAUCUCCUCGUACAUCCACUUCCCACUCACGCCCAAAUGUCUCCAGGCACCACCACAGCCAAACAUUAUCAACGCCACCACAAUACCAAUAUUUCCACUUCCCCUCACUCUCCGAUGACCUGCCUCAAGAAACAUCAAACCCAACUUCAACUCCCGCUCCACCCCCACCAGCUACAAUCCAUUACUGGACCUCAGACCAAACCCGAAGAUUAGAGUACGCAGCCAUUGACGCAGCAAGUAAAGGAAUUAGGGGAUUUGUAACACGAUGUAUACCCGAUUGUUUCUUGCCCGCCGAUAAGAGAGGAAGUAGAUUCUGCCAAGAGGAUAUGCGAGAAGGAGAUGAUGACGCAGGGAGUGUGAGGAGAUAUCGACUAGUCAUGGAAGAUGAGGUUGAGAAUGAGAUGAAAGGGGAAAAGACCAAGGACAGAGCCCAGUCGGUAAAGGAACACAGAAGGAGGUGGAGUUCUUUCAUUAGACGUUGAGCCUAAGAGGAGAUUGUGUUUUCCUGUGGGAUUGCAUUCACGGAGUGGCAGUAACACUUGGUUACGUUGUUAUAGUUCGAUAUGUUUCAUUUGUUCUUGAUACCCCCUUAUAUAAGGAUAAAUGUUUUGAGUUUGGUGGCAGUUAUUUGAUAUUGCAUGUUGGAAUUGAUUGAAAUUCUCAGGAUUUGGUUGACGGCAGAUACAAAGAGGAGAUCACAGCAUUCAUAUGGAAGGAUAGUAGUUUUGGCGUCUAGGAGAGUAAAUGGCUCCGAAAGGAUACGAGAAUAGGUAGUUGGAUCAUAGUAACACAUUCCUACAUAUUGUUUGGAAGAUACAAGAUUGUAGUUACUCCCUGAGGAGAUGAGAGAAUAGUAAUAUCAAAAUAUUAAAAGCAAUCAAAUUCCA